AUGGCUUCCUCUUCUCUCUCUCCAAGCUAUUUGCUCUUCGUCGACAAGAAAGAUGUUGGCUUUUCAGCCGUUCAUUCACAGGCGGCUCUGCUCCCCUUUCCGCCUCUGGGUUCUAAGAAACGCCCCUCCAAGAAAAUAGUGUCUGUGAUGGCACCCCAGCAAUCGGAACGUAGGCCGUCAACAACCGGCGCUGUGAAGACUGGAAUGACCAUGACUGAAAAGAUACUCGCAAGGGCUUCCGAGAAAACCCAGUUGAGCCCUGGUGAGAAUGUGUGGGUCAAUGUGGAUGUUUUGAUGACUCAUGAUGUCUGUGGCCCAGGUGCCAUUGGGAUUUUCAAGAGAGAGUUUGGAGAAGAUGCAAAGGUCUGGGACCGUGAAAAGGUUGUAAUAAUUCCAGAUCACUAUAUAUUCACAGCUGAUGAAAGAGCAAAUCGCAAUGUGGACAUCCUGAGGGAUUUCUGUAAUGAUCAAAAUAUUAAGUACUUCUAUGACAUCAAAGAUCUUGGGAACUUCAAGGCCAAUCCAGAUUACAAAGGUGUUUGCCAUGUGGCUCUUGCACAAGAAGGUCAUUGCAGACCUGGAGAGGUCUUGCUGGGUACCGACUCACAUACUUGUACAGCAGGAGCAUUUGGCCAGUUUUCAACUGGAAUAGGAAAUACUGAUGCAGGCUUUGUGCUUGGUACUGGAAAGCUUUUGCUUAAGGUUCCUCCUACUCUUAGAUUUGUUAUGGAUGGGGAAAUGCCUGAUUAUUUGCUCGCAAAAGAUUUGAUUUUGCAGAUUAUUGGUGAAAUAUCAGUGGCUGGUGCAACAUAUAAAGCAAUGGAGUUUGUUGGCUCCACUGUUGAAAGCUUAACUAUGGAGGAGAGGAUGACAUUGUGCAACAUGGUUGUUGAAGCUGGCGGUAAAAAUGGUGUUGUUCCUGCUGAUAGCACCACCUAUAAGUAUCUCGAGGACAAGACAUCUUUGACCUAUGAGCCAGUUUAUAGUGACGGACAAGCUAGAUUCCUUGAAGAGUACAGAUUUGAUAUCUCAAAAUUGGAACCAUUGGUGGCAAAGCCUCAUUCUCCCGAUAAUCGUGCUUUAGCCAGAGAAUGCAAAGAUGUGAAAAUCGACAGAGUAUAUAUCGGUUCUUGUACUGGUGGAAAAACAGAAGACUUCAUGGCUGCAGCCAAAGUUUUUCUAGCUUCGGGGAAAAAAGUCAAAGUGCCGACAUUCCUUGUUCCUGCAACACAGAAGGUGUGGAUGGACGUAUAUAGCCUUCCAGUCCCAGGGUCCGGCGGGAAAACAUGCUCACAGAUAUUUGAGGAAGCUGGUUGUGAUACUCCUACAAGCCCCAGUUGUGGUGCUUGUUUAGGAGGACCAAAAGACACUUAUGCACGGAUGAAUGAACCUCAGGUCUGUGUUUCAACGACUAAUAGAAAUUUCCCGGGACGUAUGGGGCACAAAGAAGGACAGAUAUAUUUAGCUUCUCCUUACACAGCUGCAGCAUCCGCACUCACGGGUUUUGUGACUGAUCCCAGAGAGUUUUUGCAGUAA